GAUAAGUGGGAGAGAGAUCUCCCAUGUCAGAGAGCUGUAACUCUCGCCACUUCUCGUGGCUCAUGAAAUCUUGUUUCCCAAACCCACAACAUCCACAUGACAACCUCCACCACCCUUGUCCCAUUUCCACCACCACCACCACCUUCCUCCACCACCAAACCACCACCAUCUUCUCCCUCCCCGACGACCUACUCCUUGAAUGCCUCUCCAGAAUCCCCCACUCCUCUCUCCCCUCCAUCUCCUUCGUCUGCCGCCGCUGGUCCCACCUCUUGGACUCCUCCGCCUUCUACAACCUCCGUCACCGCCACGGCCAUCUCCGCCUCACCGUCUUCGCCGUCUCCAUCGUCGAUUCAUGCCUCUACACCGCCAGUCACCGCCUUGGCUACGAUACUUCUUGGAAAACCGCUUCUUUCCUCCCUAACGACGUCGUUUCCCCAGGAUGUUUCCUCUCUCUUUUCUCCCACGCGCGCUUGGCAGCGAUUGGGCGGUCAAUUUAUAUCAUUGGCCGGACCGCCAUGCUCCAAUGUGACACAUGGACCGGAACAGUCACCCAGAAACAAGCAAUGCUCAUCCAAAGAAAGAAAUUCGCCACCGCUGUUGUCGCCGGAAAAAUCUACAUUGCUGGCGGCGCCGCCAGAUCCGCGGAGUUGGAGGAGUAUGACCCUGACAGUAAUACAUGGCGCGUAGUGGCACACGCUGCGAGGAAGCGAUAUGGGUGUAUUGGCGCAUCCGUGGACGGAGUGUUUUAUGUAAUUGGGGGUCUUAAAAUAGGCGCGUCGGACAGUAAUAGUGUUCCACGGUCUUCCACUCGUGCUGCCGGAGGUGAGGCGCAUGUUUACGCAAGCUCAAUGGAUUUGUAUGAUGUGGCGGCGCGUGUGUGGCUAAAGAGCCGCUCGGUGCCCGGUGGUGGUUGUGUGGUGGCGGCGUGUGCAGCAGAAGGGCAUGUGUAUGUGCUAACAAGCCACGCAGUGGAGCUGUCGUUCUGGAAAUUCAACGGGUCAAGGCAAUGCAACGGCGGCGGUGGUGGGGGGUUUGGAGAGUGGUGUAGGUUGAAGAGUCCGCCACUGCCGGCGCAAGUUAGAUUGGACAGCACGGUGAGGUUUAGCUGUGUUGGAGUUGGGGAUAAGGUGGCUUUGAUACAAGUGAUGGGUUGUAUUGAUGAUUUGUUGAGAAGGAGUGGGAGGAGUGUUAGAGGGUUGAGAGAAGGGUUGGUUUUGGUUUACGAUUCUGCCGCUGGAGAGUGGAGCAGAGGGGUGGAUCUACCGGAGGUUGUUCGACGCGCCACCUGCGUGUGUAUUGAGUGUUAAUUGGAUUUGGGGGGUGCUAAUUUGCGCCGAUGUGGGGCAGUGUGCUCACGGGUAUUGGUUGUUUGACCGUUUGUGCUUUUGGAAAUUGGGUUAACAAUUUUAUUGC